AUGGAGGAUGGCUUCCGCGGCCCACUUCGUUAUUUACAUUCUAAACAACGCUUUUUCAAGUCCUGCGGGAGGGGCCGGAGGGCACGGGAAUAUGUGAUGUCCCAUGUCACCCGGAACGAGAAAGGCAAAGAUUUGAGCAGGGGGGCUGACCAGGCCCUGGGCAUUCGCCUUGCAAAUGAUAGUAUGGGCACGGCUCUCUCGGCUCUUUUCUACUGUCUUUCUCGGGAUGAGCGGGUCGCCCACAAGCUGAAAGCAAGCAUCAUUGACACCAUUGGAUUGAAACCCCCGACUUGGGGGCAACUUGGAUCUCUGGGCUAUAUUCGCUGUGAACUCCAGGAUGGUAGGGACCUGUCGGUGGGAUGUCGGCUUUGA